AUGGCUGGGGCCAUCAUCGAGAACAUGAGCACCAAAAAGCUGUGCAUCGUCGGGGGGAUCUUGCUGGUUUUCCAAGUCAUCGCCUUUCUGGUGGGAGGUCUGAUCGCUCCCAGCCCCACUACAGCUGUUCCUUACACGUCAGUGAAGUGCAUUGAUGUAAGAAAAAACCACCACAAAACCAAGUGGCUGAUGCCCUGGGGACCCAACCCCUGCGAGAAGCUUAAAGACUUCGACGAGGCAGUGAGCAGGCAGAUUGAAGCCAACGAUAUCGUGUUUGCUGUGCAUAUUCCCCUCCCCAAAAAGGAGAUGAGCCCCUGGUUCCAGUUCAUGCUUUUCAUCAUGCAGCUGGACAUCGCAUUCAAGAUGGACAACGACCUAAAAGAAAACGCAGAAAUUACCCUGGAUGUGUCACUAGCAUAUCGUGAUGAUGCGUUUGAUGACUGGGAAGAAAUAGCACAUGCAAUAGAGAUCAGGAAGCUGAAAUGCACCUUUGGCUCACCAAAAACCCUGGAGUCCGAAGGCCGUCACUACGACUGUGACUUCCUUCCCUUCAUGGAGAUCGGCAGCGUGGCCCACAAAUACUACCUCAUCAACAUCCGUCUCCCUGUGAACGAGAGGAAAGGCAUUAACGUGGGCAUUGGCGAAAUCAAGGAUAUCCGCCUCGUGGGCAUCCAUCAAAACGGAGGCUUUACAAAAGUGUGGUUUGCCAUGAAGACCUUCCUCACCCCCAGCAUUUUAAUUAUCAUGGUCUGGUACUGGAGACGGAUCACGCUGAUGACACGCGCUCCUGUCCUGCUGGAGAAGGUCAUCUUUGCUCUGGGAAUUUCCAUGACAUUCAUUAACAUCCCUGUGGAGUGGUUUUCCAUUGGAUUUGACUGGACUUGGAUGUUGCUCUUUGGAGAUAUUCGACAAGGCAUUUUCUAUGCCAUGCUGCUGUCCUUUUGGAUCAUCUUCUGCGGAGAGCAUAUGAUGGACCAGAACGAGCGGAAUCGUCUCUCGGGGUACUGGAAGCAGGUUGGACCCAUAGCCGUUGGCUCCUUCUGCCUUUUCAUCUUCGACAUGUGUGAGAGGGGAGUGCAGCUGAAGAACCCCUUCUACAGCAUCUGGACCACCGAAGUUGGCACAGAGCUGGCUAUGGCCUUUAUUAUAGUUGCCGGAAUCUGCUUGUGUCUCUACUUUCUCUUCCUGUGCUUUAUGGUCUUUCAAGUGUUCAGAAACAUUAGUGGAAAGCAGUCAAGCCUCCCAGCCAUGAGCAAGGCUCGCCGCCUUCAUUACGAGGGGCUGAUUUUUAGGUUCAAGUUCCUGAUGCUCAUUACCCUGGCUUGUGCAGCGAUGACAGUCAUCUUCUUCAUCGUGAGCCAGGUGACCGAAGGCCACUGGAAGUGGGGGGACAUAACGAUACAAGUGAACAGCGCCUUCUUCACUGGCAUCUACGGGAUGUGGAACCUCUAUGUCUUCGCCCUGAUGUUCCUGUAUGCACCGUCGCACAAGAAUUACGGUGAAGACCAGUCAAAUGGAGACCUGGGAGUAAACAGUGGGGAAGAGCUUCAGCUCACCACCACCAUCACCCACGUGGAUGGGCCCACAGAGGUUUAUAAGCUGGCUCGCAAGGAGGCUCAGGAGUAACGCUGGGAUGGCCUCAGCUGGGACCCAGACCGGGGUGGAGAGCAGAGGACAACGCAAUGCCCUCCGGCAGCAGACCUCUCUCGCCUAACUUGCUUCUCGAGCACCCCAUACCUAGUGUAUUUUCACAGAGCAGUGACACCGAGCAGAACAUUUGUAAACUCUUUAAUAUGGUGUAGUUAUUUCUGGGGGGAGGGAUAUGUAUAUUGUGUUACACUCAAGCACGUAAAAACCUGCUAGAAAAGCA